AAUUAUAAAAUUUUAAUGUAAUAAGAUAAUAGGUAUUAGGUUUUUUAAAUUCUUAAAUUUUUGAAUGUAAACUGCAAAGUAACUAUACUGACAUACUGUCUAUACUGUCUAUACUUACUAUUAGUAUAUUACCUAAAAAAUAUAUUACUCAUUACUAUAGUGUCAUAGACUAGUUAGUGAGUGUUGUGUGACUGGUCAGUUUUUGAGCUUACUUUUGAAAAAAACUAGCUCAACUGAUCAACACAAAAUUAAAACAUGUCAUCUCAAGUAGAAAAAACAAAAAAACCAUUCGAUAAAAAAAAAUGGAGAACAAAGAAAUACAGCAAUAAACAAAGAUUCCAAGAUUGGGAUGAGCGUCGCAAAAAGGCUGUAAUUCGUGAUUACUACAAAGAGUUAAACAAAACUGGUAAUGAGAGACCUUUGAAUAUAUUUAAUGAUGAAGACACCAAUCUAACUAAACAGCAAAAAAGGUCAAAUCCUCAUAAAGAAGCACAAGAACGUUACAAUCAAAUCCAAGAGGAAAAGAAAGCUAGGCGUCUUGAAGCAUCGAAAAAAAAAGAAGAAAUUCGGCAGGCACUAGAAGAAUAUAAACAAAAGAAAAAGUUUAAAAAUAAAAAACUUGGAAAAAAAACAAAAAAAGGUCAACCGGUUAUGAAAGAAAGAUUGGAAUUAUUAUUAGAAAAAAUACAAGCUAGUGUUAAUACAUAGUUGUAUUUGUAAUUUUAAACAAAAAUACUUUGAUAAUGUGUUUUAUGAAAUGCUGUAUUGUGUUAACUUUAAAAUUGUUUAAGAAAAAUAAACUUUUGGCAUUUAUAAUUAUUUUACAAUUGUGAAAAUGAAUUCAUUCUGUUUAGUAUAAGUACAGAGAUCUUAGGAUUUUUAACAAUACAAAUCCAUCAGGUUUUCAAAUGAAAUUGUUCUUAAUCUGUCCAGUAUUCAACUGUACUCAUUUCUUGUUCAAUAAACUUUCAAUAUUGAAUAAUUUCCAAUUUAAUA